GUAACGUUUCAUACUUUGGCUAGCUUGACACAGUUGAAGGAGGAGUGUAACUUAUGGAGGCGAAACAUCUCGAAAAGAAGUACAUCGACUGCGGCUAAACAUUUAAAAGUGUCAGUUACAUUGUGUUACCAUGUUUAGCUUCUUUUUCACGGCGAAGAGGUAACGUUUCCAUGAUGGCGGUUACCGCGGUUGAGGCGUUUUCAUGAUGUAAACUUGAGGAGCAAACUUUGAGCAAGGAGCCGUUUCCCCCAAACGUUCCCGGUUAGCGCGAGACAAACGACCACCAACCAUGGCAUACACUACUUCUGUUUCGGUAUUUGCUUUUUGUUUAUAUUUCUGCGUGUGCGACUGUUACUUUGCUAUCCCACUCAAAAUAUACACCGGGAGGUACAACGUCUCCUCGGGCGUGAAUGUGACCCGACAAGUCGCCCUGACGUCGGAUGGAAACGGCCUCUCGUUGGCCUCUGACCCAACCGGCACCGUGAACUUUCUGGACAUGGUGAAUAACUUGGAAGGGGACUCUGGAAGAGGCUACUACAUAGAAAUGUCCAUUGGUACUCCUGGUCAAAAGAUGAACAUCCUGGUGGAUACGGGCAGCAGUAACUUUGCCGUGGCUGCGGCUUCACACCCAUUCAUUACUCACUUCUUCAACACUGCGCUCUCCAGUACCUACCAGUCAGUUGGCCGGACUGUGGCCGUCAGGUACACGCAGGGCAACUGGGAAGGUGAACUGGGCAUUGACCGAGUCUCCAUCCCCAAAGGCCCAAAUGGGUCAGUCCCCAUCAAUAUAGCUGCCAUCCUGUCAUCUGAAGGCUUCUUCCUCCCUGGGAUCAACUGGCAGGGCAUCCUGGGACUGGCUUAUCCCAUGCUGGCACGGCCCGACUCUUCCGUGGAGCCCUUCUUCAACUCUUUGGUGCAACAGCUGGGGAUUCCUGACAUCUUUUCCCUCCAGAUGUGCGGUGCUGGACUGUCAGCCAGCAACACAGCGGACCCCGCAGGAGGCAGUCUUAUCAUGGGAGGGGUUGAACCAACUCUGUAUCAGGGGUCCAUGUGGUACACCCCUAUAGUAGAGGAAUGGUACUACCAAGUGGAGGUUUUGAAGCUGGAGGUUGGCGAUCAGAAUCUGGACCUGGACUGCAGAGAGUAUAACAUGGAUAAAGCUAUAGUUGACAGUGGGACGACACUGCUGCGUCUUCCUGUCAACGUCUUCAAUGCGGUGGUAGAUGCCAUCACACGCAGCUCUCUGAUCCAGGAAUUUUCUUCAGGUUUCUGGGAUGGCAGCAAGCUUGCAUGCUGGAUGAAGGGAGAGACCCCCUGGAGGUUUUUCCCCAAGCUGUCCAUCUACCUAAGGGCCACGAACACCAGCCAGUCCUUCCGCAUCACCAUCCUGCCUCAGCUGUACAUCCAGCCAAUCACAGACGUGGACGGCACGCUGGACUGCUUCCGCUUCGGAUUGUCUUCGUCAGCGAACGGCCUGGUGAUCGGUGCUACUGUUAUGGAAGGCUUCUACGUGGUGUUUGACCGCGCACAGCGGAGACUGGGCUUCGCACUCAGCAACUGUGCAGUGAGCGGUGGAGUGGCUCUUUCAGAGAUCGCAGGGCCCUUCUCAGCAGCAGAUGUGGCAGCCAACUGCUCUGCCGGGGUGCUGAAGGAGCCUCUUCUGUGGGUGAUCUCCUACGCCCUGAUGGCGGUCUGCGCUGUGAUCCUCAUCGUCCUGUUGCUCCUGCUGGUGCUGCCCUGCCGGUGCAGAAACCGCUCCGGGGAGAUAACGGACGAGUCCUCUCUAGUCCGGCACCGCAUCAAGUGACUGGAGAGGCAAAGGGCGGGCGGACAGGGUGACCGUGCAGAGCAGCAGCGAGCAGACCCAAUCCACAGCGGUGGAGAAAGGGGCCGAACUGUGACACUCGCCACCGAAUGUCUGACUGAUUCUACACUGCGCUCAUCAGCUUGGCCCCUGGACGUAGACACAGACAGGUCAACUGCCUCUUGACGGGAAAAAUACACCCCCCAAAAACCCUUCUCAAAAACAGCUGUUGGUGAUGCAGCGAUGGCUCCAAUUUCUUGCUUGGUGGCGGCUCUUUCUUAUUCUCACUGAUAAUUGAUCACACCGUGUCAUAUGUGAACACAUCCAGCAUGGAAGCAGGAAACACCAGAUGCAUUCUCUCCACUGACCGUAGCGUUAAAGGUUCGUGUCAUUUAGCUACAGAGGAGUGUUUACUCAGAGGUGUGACUCGUAUGCUCAUACACAGACUUAAUUCAAGUUCAAACUUUUUAUUCUUUAGGGCUGUUAAAAGGUAUUCUGGGAAAUGUAGGACAUCAAACCAGCAAUGACAGUUUGAUAAUAGUUGAGGGUGAAUUUCUUCAUGAAAGACGAUCACAGGACAGCGAGGACAAACGGUACACGCUCAACAACCAUCGACGCAUUCUCCAAACAACUUAAAAGUUACCGAUUUUAUCUCCAGGCAAACUGCAAUUAAUAACAAACUUAGUAACUUAUUAAUUCCUGAUCAGUGAAGGAAUGUUUCUUGUGCUUUCUUAUAUUUUGAAGUGACGCUCCAGUCCUCGAUGGAGAGCAACGAAAGUUAAGGAGAAAAGCUGCUCAAACAAUCACUGAGGUUACACACGUUUACAGUGCCUGUAGUGCCUUUAAGUCUCUCUGCGAAUGCAAACUGAUGUAUCCGCAGUUUGAGACUUAAUCUGCUGAAUUGCACUUUCUAAAGUAGAUCAAACGUGUAUUAUAAACUGAAGAUCAAUACGUCUUGAUCUGUUAUGCAAUUUGUUGUAUUAAUGUGAUUUUACUAACUCUGUAUAUUUAAAUCUCUUUGAAUGUGAUUGUUUUGUUCCAAAUCUUUGCUUUUUAGACUCUAGAUUUUCAAGGGGAUGUAUUUAUACUGCACAUUUUAUACAAACACUAAAACCUGUUGGGCUACACUUAGCAAUAAAAACUUUACACUUCUAAAAGCUUCAUGUGUAAAAGUCAAAGACGAAACGUCGAGCAUCAUACACUUGAAUCUUUGUGGAGUUUUCUGUGCCAAAAUAAAACUGUUCGCAUGUUGCAAAUAAAAGAACAUGUGACCAAAUCAAAAAUGUAAUGUAAUGCAUUUUAAAUGAAUAAAGAUGUGUCUUCGUGUGAGGUGUUAAAUCAAGAACAGUCGCAUCUUUUGGGAGUCAGUGGGAACAAGGGGGACAUCUUGUGUUGACACAUGGUAUCUUCAUUUACUGCCAAGGAACAUUUCAA